GCAUUUUGCGGAUGGAUAUAUAAGAGAUAGUCGCUCAUCGUCAUCAGCUGGGGGAGAUAUAGUGUGGAAGUUAGAGGUUACGGUUCUUGUUUACUUUUUCCAAAUGCAACAAUUACGUUAACAAUAUACCAACAAGACUGCCAAGGUCGUAAAAGUUUAUAUAGAUAUUGACAGCUGAAGAUGGAGGACAAGGAAGAUAAUCAGCUUUGUAAAUUAUGCAACGAAAAACCACGUCGCUAUGUUUGUCCAAAAUGUAACAUAGAAUACUGCUCACUUGAUUGUUAUAAAUCUACAGCUCACUUGGACUGUUCAGAAAACUUUUACAAACAAUGCGUGGAGGAAAUGUUGAAAACUCAACAAUGUGACCCCCAAAUGAAACAAAAGACCUUGGACAUGCUCCAAAGGAUGCACGAUAAUGAACAGAACGAUGACGAUGUAUUGAGACAUAUUUUGGAUAAUGAAGAUGAAAUUGAAGAAUUUGAUGAAGAAGUUGAACUUGAUUCUGAUGAUGAUGAUAUCGAACCUUUAGGAAAACGCAUAGAGAACAUUGAUUUGGAUGAUACUGAUCAACUGUGGUCUGCUCUUACUGCAAGUGAGAGACAAGAGUUUGAAGCAUUAGUGAAGAGUGGAGAAGCUAAAAAGUUAUUGCCCUUGUGGAAACCAUGGUGGACUUAUACAGCUGAGAAAAAACUUAUAGAAGAUUUAAGUGAAAAAUCUGAAUGUGAGAAAGCUUAUAAAAAUGAUUGUCCAAAAAUUGUAUGUGUUCCAGCGUUAAAGUCUACUUCUAAAGCUUCUCCAUUUAUCAGGUUUAACAUUAUUAAUGCAGUGUAUGCAUAUGCUUAUACUGCUUUAUACUUCAAUAAUGAGCAUCAUUCCACCCCAUUAGAUGCAGUUUAUGUUUUUCUACGUACCUGUGAUACUAUGAGAAUAAAUAGAGUAUAUCAAGAGAGUUUAUCUGCAAUUGAAAAUGUAUUACUUGAAAUCACAAAUAAUCAAGAACUGUCCGGUGAUCAAGAUACUGUGUUGGCAACAAAAGAAGCUGGUGAUGCUAUAUUAAGUGGCCCAGAAGAAGAUAAUAGAUCUUUUUAUCUGCUUGCUGCAUUAUCGGACCUUCAUCAGUUAAUGUCUGGAGCGAAAAAAGAAAUUUUAGCUGAUAAAUCAAAGUCUUCUAUUCGCAAAUUUAAAAACAAAUUUCAAUCUAACAUUGAUUUAGGGCCUACAGUAGUCACUAAAAAAAGUCUGGCAUUAAUAGUACUAAAAAUAGAAUUUUACAUUGCUUGGUUAAAACUGCAAAGUCCAACAUAUGACAUUACAGAUGGCAAAAAAAUGUAAAUUUAAACUGUAAAUAAUAAAUUUUUCUACAUCAAAUAUUUGUGUACACAAAUUUAAAAAAAAAAAUGUCUAUUGAAGAAAUAAUAGCAGCAGAAAACGUUGUAAAUUUAACAUAACUACAAUAUACUGUAAACUAAAAAAUAUAUGAUACUCUUUCUAAUCCUAAUAAUAGAAAGUCAGAUUACAACAGUAAUUUUAGUAUUUUAUUAUUUGGUUUAUCUUAAGAUUGAAGGAUGUUGUUAUUUGUACAUACAGUUUUAUUAAAAAUAUGUCUGAGAAAAGCAAUGAAAAAACAUCUACUUGCCAAUAUUUUUUUUAGGGCAGAGCAAAUAGGAUGGUUAAGAGGAUUGAUUUGGCAGCAAUAAAUCCACACAAUUAAUUUGUAA